AUGGCUUGCAAUGUAAACGUAGUCCACCAAGCAGCAAUGGCGUCAGCCAUAGGCCAGCCUAACAAGCCUUCUCAGCGGCCGAACGCGUCUCUGUCCGCGCCAUCGAAUUCAAAGCCCAAAUCUUGUUGUAAGCUUCUUUUGUCCUCACAGUCUUCUUUCAUUUCCGGUUUCUCUCCCUCUCGCCCUCAAACCCUAACUCCGUUUCGUUCCAGCAGAGCUCAGAAUUUCCCGGUUGUGGGGUCUGCCAAGGCAGAGCCGCUGAGAAUAAUGAUAUCAGGGGCGCCAGCUUCUGGUAAAGGAACGCAAUGCCAGCUCAUUACCCAGAAGUAUGGUUUAGUGCAUGUCGCUGCUGGAGAUUUACUUAGAGCAGAGAUUGCAUCUGGGAGUGAAAAUGGAAGGCGUGCAAGAGAGUACAUGGAACAAGGACAAUUGGUUCCAGAUGAAAUAGUUGUCAUGAUGGUGAAGGAGCGUCUAUUGCAGCCAGAUUCUAAAGAAAAAGGUUGGCUUUUGGAUGGAUACCCUAGGAGCUCAUCACAAGCAAUUGCUCUUAAGGAAUUAGGGUUUAAGCCGGAUCUUUUCAUUCUUCUAGAAGUCCCUGAAGAGAUUCUUGUUGAGAGAGUUGUUGGAAGAAGGUUAGAUCCUAUUACUGGAAAGAUAUACCAUUUAAAGUAUUCUCGGCCAGAGACCCAAGAGAUUGCGUCAAGGCUCACCCAACGUUUUGAUGAUACAGAAGAAAAGGUGAAAUUGCGGUUGAACACUCAUCAUCAGAAUGUGGAGGCCGUACUUUCAAUUGUGCACUUUAUAUUUAUGCUUAUUUGUGAAUUGUGA